AAAAAAAUCUGCGAAAUUGGUAGUGGUUACCUUUCUCUUCCCGCAUCUAUAAAUAUUCGUCGUUUCUUUUAAUCUCUCCCCCCCCCCCAAAUGGCAGAACCGUAUGAACCACUCCUCUCCGCCACCUCCACCGCCGCCUCUACCACCACCACCAACCAAUUAUUCGAGGAUGAGGGAGAAUUCGAACCAAACGAGAAAGUCCACGUGGUAGGAAUCAAAGAAAGCGACGCCGAAUUCGACGACUCUAAAACGCCGCCGUUUUCAUGGAAGAAACUCUGGUUAUUCACAGGGCCAGGGUUUCUGAUGAGCAUAGCAUUUUUAGACCCAGGAAACUUAGAAGCCGACUUGCAAGCCGGUGCGAUUGCAGGUUACUCACUUCUAUGGCUACUGUUUUGGGCCACUGCGAUGGGGCUCCUGAUCCAGCUACUUUCCGCCCGUUUAGGUGUUGUUACGGGUCGACACUUGGCGGAGCUUUGUCGGGAUGAAUACCCGGAUUGGGCCAGGUAUCUUUUGUGGGUCAUGGCGGAAGUUGCGUUAAUUGGGUCGGAUAUUCAGGAAGUUAUUGGAAGUGCUAUUGCUCUUAAGAUUUUGAGUCAUGGUUAUUUGCCUCUUUGGUGUGGUGUUCUUAUUACUGCCUCUGACUGUUUCCUGUUUCUAUUUCUCGAAAGCUAUGGUGUGAGGAAACUUGAAGCAGUUUUCGCUUUACUAAUUGGGACAAUGGGGCUUUCUUUUGCAUGGAUGUUUGGUGAAACAAAACCUAGUGGUUCAGAACUCCUUGUUGGUGUUGUAGUUCCAAAGCUAAGCUCAAAAACAAUACAACAAGCUGUAGGUGUUGUGGGCUGCAUAAUCAUGCCACACAACGUAUUCCUACAUUCUGCAUUGGUACAAUCAAGAGACAUUGACAAAACCAAGCGAGGAAGGGUUCAAGAGGCUAUCAAUUACUAUUCAAUCGAGUCAACUCUUGCCCUCGUUGUCUCUUUUAUCAUUAACCUCUUUGUAAUGACUGUUUUUGCUAAGUCGUUCUAUGGAACACCGGAGGCAGAGACAGUAGGCCUUUCAAAUGCUGGUUAUUAUCUGCAGGACAAGUACGGGGGAGGAUUGUUCCCGAUUUUAUACAUAUGGGCCAUUGGUUUGUUGGCAGCGGGCCAAAGCAGCACCUUAACGGGUACUUAUGCAGGGCAAUUCAUCAUGGGCGGGUUUUUGAACCUCCGGAUUAAGAAGUGGAUAAGGGCAUUGAUUACGCGGAGUUGUGCAAUUAUUCCAACGGUUUUUGUUGCUCUUCUGUUUGAUACGUCUGAUGACAUGCUCGAUGUCUUAAAUGAAUGGCUAAAUGUUCUGCAGUCUAUUCAGAUACCCUUUGCUGUCAUUCCACUCCUUUACUUGGUUUCUAAGGAGGAAGUCAUGGGUGCUUUUAGAAUCGGCCUUGUUCUUAAGACACUGGCUUGGCUUGUAGCAGCCCUGGUGAUCGUGAUCAAUGGAUAUCUGAUGGUUGAAUUUUUCUCCGGGGAAGCAAGAGGAUUAUUGUUUGGCUCCAUAGUAUGUGCUUUCACAGCUGCAUAUGUCGCGUUUGUCAUGUAUCUGAUUUGGAGGAGCAUUUCAAUCUCAUCCUGGUUUACCCCCAGUAAAACGAAGAACGUGGUUACCAUUGUAAAUUAAAACCACACCGAAUUACCCUAACAGUCAAACUAAUUAAUCUGCUCUUACCUUGCUCUCUCCAUGUUCGUGUUCCUGAUUGAGUUCGGUUAAUUUUCUUUUUCGGUUUGCAACCCUAAUUAUGAUUGAAGGGGGAAGGCCAGAUUUGUACAAAUCUAAGGAAGUGGCCUACUGUAUUUCUUAUUGUUCCUUUUUUAUAGAAAGGAAACAUAUAUUUAGUUGUAUUGUGUCGUAUGUAAUUAUGUAGUGGAAAGUUGUAUCACCGGCCGGAAAGUGAUUAUGUGCUUCCUUUAUUAUUAGGAGAAGAAGGGGAGUUUUAUACAGAAGUUCUGUAUUAUUCUCAGCAAAUUUGUAAUGCAAGUAGAUUUUGAGCAAGAUUGUAUAGUGAGUGCAAUAUUUAUUACAAUGUACUGUAACUCUGUAUUCUGUAAGGCUUGCUCAUCUUUUGCCAACCAGUAUGGAACCUCUUUCUGUA